CACCUGGCGACCCUCAGAGACUUCACCUCCUGCGUUCCGUACCUCAUUCACACUGAUACCUCCCUAACCUCGAAUUCUACAUCUUUUACGCGAGUGUCCUCAUCCAAACCCCGAACGGCUCGUUGCUCGCGAUAUCUGGCAUCAUAAGCUGAAAGGGGUGGCGCUGCGCCUCGAUGGCGCGCCGACCUCCCAACUUGACCAGUUCUUCAUCAAUGGGAGAUGAAAACACGCUGAGGAGGUCAUCUAACGACAUACCAAACCCAAACGUUUUCAGUGACGACUACGCCAUCGACCCUGCUGACUUUUCAUUUGACCUCAGACCAAUUGACUCAAUCGACUCAAUUGACAACCGGCCCGAGGAGCUGAGCCUCGACCUCAACGGCAAUCUACGAGGUCACACUCGGGAGUAUCUUCCCUCUGGACUUCCAGGACAUCGUCUCAGCCUCAACUAUCCCUUCGUCUCCAACAGAAAAUCCACUGCCGAUCAAUCCGCCGAUCCUCACCGAGCCGUAUCUACCUCCUCGCGUUCUAUGGCAGACAGCCGAAGAACCCUAUCGACAUCAUCCAGAUUCUCCAUACCUCGAAGUCAGAGCCCUUACCGAGGGCCAACAGCUCCUAGCCAACCAUAUGGCAUGUACACUCAGAUGACUCGCGCUUCGAGCAUCGCAAGCGAAUCAACCAUAAGACCAAUCGAACGACCGUUAUCCAAUGGGGGUCCCGAACAUCCAUAUUCCAUGUACCCUCAAAAUACAGUACCGGAAGAAGACAUGGCAGAUACGCAUGUAGCCGUAGGCUUUCCAGUACUCGGCUCGAGCUCAUCAGGAGACGAAGUUGGGGAUAUAAUAGGGAGUGACGGACAUGUCGAACAAUUACCCCCGUACAGCCGAUACGCCGACAAUGUCAUUGCCAAGGGCGACAUGGCAACACUUGAACAACAAGCGGUUAGCCCCAGUCAGGAUUCAAGAUCUGCUCCACUCGUUCCACCCGCUGCGGCCACUUCAGCCUCGGACGUGGAACUGACGGCCGUUGGAGCUGGAGCAUCUACAGAUGAAGUGGCUCGGAAAGAGGGUUUGGUACAAAAGAGAUUGAGGCGAAUAUGUUGCGGCUUGCCUGUAUGGACUUGGAUAAUACUGAUGGUGGUUGUCUGCCUAGCGGCAGUCCUUGGCGGUGUCAUUGGAGGAGUAGUAGGAAACCAGAAAGGAGCACAGCGAGCUGCUGCAUCUGCUGCAAGUGCGACCACGACAGUUUGGCUUGAUGCCGAUCCGGCUUCCACCGGGCCAACCACGCCGCCUUGUCCGACCGGACACUGGACGAUACCUCUGAAUCAGACUGAUCAAGUCGAUACUUGCGUGGUUAAUCCCGCUCUUUCAAACGUCUGGGAUUGCAUGAACAAAGCGAAGCUUGGAAUUAGUGUUUUUGAAAGCAUUGACCAGGGAGGUCCACUCUUGUCAGUCGCUUUCGACGAUUAUUCACUACGACCUCAGCUGUUCAGAUAUGGGCCGCAGCCACCCGAUUUCAAUGGCAGCUCUUUUGGGUUGAAACCCUUCAUGGACAAGGAUGAUGAUGAACUUGGUGUCGCGUUAUUCUUCAGUGCACUAUUCGAUAAGAUAGUGAUUUUUCCUAGUGAUGCGAUCAGUCCUUCUGACGCGGGCACGAAAAGGUCGGUGUCUAUCUCGCAGCUGUCGAAGAGAGGCGCCGACAAGGCGAACGAACCUGACUGGAUGUCCACUUUACUCAGCAUUGGGGAGCAGCCAUGGUUCUGUUUCUGGAACUCUACCAUCAGCGAGUUUUGGAUAUUCCUAGGCCAAGACAUGGACAACAAUGCUUCGAGUGCGACAACCACAGCUGCGUCCAGCAUGCAAACGGGCCCACCUCCACAAUCUUCUUCUGGCGCUUCCAGUAGCCCCUAUGGCUCUCCAAUGUAUACCCCGCCAGCAACACAAUCGUCCAAAAAUUACCCUAGUCAAACCACGUCCGCUCCUAGCGAGAAGACGUCGGAUGGCUAUUGGGACGGUUCAAAAGUACGACGUCGGGGCUCGGACAGCUCAUCAAAUUUUCCCAAACUGGUCAAGAUGGUACAGAAGCGCAAGCCCGGCAGCAAUGUGCCGCCAUAUUGUCAACAGAUGCAGGUUCUCAAUAACUGGCAAAUCAUGCCUAUUCCAACUGUACCGACGGUAACGAUCGAUGAGAGCGAGUACGCGCCGCAGUCGACUUCUCCAUCGAGAAGGGCGGUUCGUCCACGAUCAGAUAUGACAGAGCAGUUGGGAUCGAAUUGCAUCUGCGAGUGGUUCAGCGUAUGAGCUGGAAGCGGAUCUAUCUUAUUUACGUGUUCACGAUGUAAUGAGUGUGGCUUUUCGUGUUAAGUCUUCAGGCUUGUCUGGUGUCCGGGUGUUACAAUGUUUUGAAACCUGGCAAGUAUCUACGGGUUUGACAUAUAUCUGGAUUGUGAGCGUCGUCCACAGUCGGAAAUGUGGAUGGCGAAUCACAGGAGGGAAAAGGGACAUACUGGUAGAUAUUGGUUUCUUUCCACAUUAUUGGGAGAAGGAGAAGGAUGCGGGAAAACAUGUCGCAUUCCGUACAUGUUAGUUAGUGACAGCUAAAAUCUGGAGAUCAUGUGAGAAAAUGAUAGAAAUACCAUUUCC